AUGUCAAGUGAUAAUUCCAAAAGAACUUCAUCUAGUAUCUAAAAUCCAGAAGAAGAAUAAGAGAAGAAAAGAGAAAAGAAAGCCAAAAAUAAGCGAGGUGGGUGCUCUACUGUUGACAAACCAAAAAUAAAGUAGACUAUUGUGCUAAAUUAGAAAAAGCAAAAUUGCACACGCACUCCAAAAAAGCCAAAAGAGCAAAAUAAAAAGCCACCAACUGCUUAUCAACUUUUUUGCAAAUUUAGAAGGGAGCAACUAAAGAAAGACAACUCAUAGAUGGGACUCAUGGAAAGUUCGAAGUUAAUAGGUGAUGAAUGGAGUAAAAUGAAUGAAAGCCAGAAGAAAAGAUGGAUUGAAAAUGCUAAGGAAAAGAGACUUGAAUUUGAUAUGUAGUCCUAUUAGUUGAGUAAGAAAGGAAAGACUGAAAAAGGGGAAAUUAGAUCUUCAGUUAAUAAUGAUAAAGGAGUUUUAUCGGAUAGCAGUUCAUCUUAAUCGACAAAGGAUGUUAAUCUCAAUAAGUAGAGACCAAAUACCACUACUGAUCAAUUUAAAUAAGUUAAACUCAAAAUCAAAGAACAAAGAAAGGAUAGCUCUGAUUCGUUGAGUGAAAUCAGCAGCAGCUAAAAGUCUCAGCAAUCUCAUAGAUGCAAGAAGUCCCUAAAGAAUAUUAUUAAGAGAAGAUUUUCAGAAGAAAGCACCUGA